AUGUCGAUCGAAAACCUCAAGACUGUUGACCCCUUUGCCGAUGCAGAGGACACCGUACUCCCCCAAGACGUGACGUCCACCGCCCGCCGUGCGGACAACAUCCAUAUUCGCAUCCAGCAGCGCAACGGCCGCAAGACCCUGACCACCGUCCAGGGCAUCCCGCCGCGCUUCUCGCAAAAGAAGAUUCUCGCCGUCGUCAAGAAGAAGUUCGCCUGUAACGGCACCAUCAUCCACGACCACGACCUGGGCGACAUUCUACAGCUGCAGGGCGACCAGCGGAAGCACAUGCAGGCCUUUCUGACCGACAAGAAGAGCGGCCUCGAGCUGGACGCGCAGACUGUCAAGGUGCACGGUUUCUAA